AUGGCGCUGCCCAUGAGACGGAUCGUGAAAACCAAGGGUUUCUUAAUGAUUCGGAGAAAACAAUUGUCAUGUUGUGAAUUUCAAACUAGUUGUAAAUAUUUUUGUCGUGAUAUGGUGAGAGUUCGCUUUGCCCCAAGCCCCACAGGAUAUUUACAUUUAGGAUCAUUAAGAACAGCUCUUUUCAACUAUUGUCUAGCGAAAUCAAAAGGAGGAGUAUCAAUACUUAGGAUUGAAGAUACAGAUCAGAGCAGAAAAAUCGAGGGAGCAACAGAGGAGAUAAUAAAAGUACUUGACUGGGCAGGGUUGACACCAGAUGAAGGUCCAGUAAUAGGAGGACCUUAUGGACCCUACAUUCAGUCUGAAAGGAAACAGAUCUACCAAGAUGCCGUAGAAACAUUACUUCAGAAGGGUGCAGCCUACCUAUGCUUCUGCACAGAGAAGCGACUUAGUUUAUUGAGAAAAGAGGCCUAUAGAAGGAAGGAGAUCCCCAAAUAUGACAACAAAUGUAGAAAUUUAACGCCAGAUGAAAUUGAAGAAAAGAAAGCCCAAGGUAUUCCGUGGGUGGUACGAUUGAAGGUUGACAACUGGAAUCAGUCAUGGAAUGAUGUUGUAUAUGGACACAUAGCAAUUAAUCACGAAGAAGGAGAUCCUGUGCUGCUGAAAGCAGAUGGAUAUCCUACAUACCAUUUUGCUAACGUUGUAGAUGAUCAUCACAUGAAGAUUUCACAUGUUCUACGAGGAGAAGAGUGGCAGUCCUCGACACCUAAACACCUGGUGCUGUAUCAGGCCUUUGGCUGGGACCCGCCCUUGUUUGCUCACCUUCCUCUCAUACUGAAUGCGAAUGGAACAAAGUUAUCAAAGCGACAGGGGGACAUCACUGUGGAAUAUUUUAAGAAAAAAGGCUACUUGCCUGAGGUGCUGUUGAACUACCUUACUUUAACAGGAGGAGGAUUUGGGACAUCUUCCACCACCCUCCAGUGCUAUUCAUUGGACCAGCUCAUACAAAAGUUUGAUAUGAAGAAUGUGACAGCUCAUUCUGGCCGCCUAGAUCCACAAAAUUUGGAUAUUCUCAGCAGGAAAUAUUUACUGGAAAAGUUUGAGACCAAGGAAGGUCAAGCUGAGCUUGUCCAGUAUACUAUACAACUAGUGAGGGACCACUACAAAACCAGAUUAUCAAGUGAAGAAAAUCAAGAACUUAUUUUUAAUGAGGACCACAUCAGAACUUUACUGAAAUGGGCUUUACCAGAAAGAAUUACAAGGCCUGAAGAACUCCUGAAUGAAGAUUUUAUAUUUCUGUGGGAAGUGCCUGACAAAUCUGAUAUUUCUGCUUUCUUAGAAAAGACUGGAGUGGAUAAUUGUGCAUUUUUAAAGCUUGCCUUGGAUGUUGUUAAUACAGUGGAACUAUUUGAAGUAGAUAUCAUUCAUUCAGCUAUAACCAAAAAAGCCAAGACUGCAAAAAUUUCUCUGAAGAUGUUAAUGCCUAUACUGAGAUAUGUUCUGUCCUCAACACUGGAAGGACCAAAGGUCAGUGAAGUAAUGUUUGCUUUGGGAAAGAGACAGACUGUGUACCGUUUACAACAAGCUUUAGAAGUCGCAGAUUCAAGUGCUUUAUAGAAAUGAUGUUCAUCGUUACCUCAGGAUAGUAAAUGACCUCUGAAAAUCACUGUAUUAUUAUCAUAUUCAGCCAAACUGGACUGAAAUGUUUAUGAUGUCCUUGGGGUAUAUUAUCAAUGUUAUCACUGUGAUAAAAUGAUAAGUUUCCAAAUAUUCAGACUUCUAAUGUAGCAUAUCUGUAGUAACCACAUUUCAACAGAUUUUAGACAGCAAUGCUCAGACUGAUUGUCUUACAGAAAAAAUAACCUUUUUUUCUGCAAUUUCUUAAAAAUUUAUCAGAAAGAAAAAUUGCACUUUGUAUGUAACUUAUUUUUGUUUUUCAAAUCUGGGAAUUUAGAAUAUGGAUUACUGUGACACAACUUUCUAAAUUCAAAAUUCCAUGAAAGCAUUAUAAAGUGAAAGUGUGCUCUGUGUUACAAUGUGGUAUGGAUGAUGUCAAUGCUUUUAAACAUGUCAUAACUUUGUGAUAAAACAUGUGAAUGAAAAGAAUACUUUUUUUUAAAUGU